AUGGCCGUAGGAAAAAAUAAGCGUCUCUCCAAGGGAAAGAAGGGUCUUAAGAAGAAGAUUAUUGAUCCAUUCACCAGAAAGGAUUGGUAUGACCUCAAGGCUCCAGCUCCUUUCACCAAAAGAGAUAUCGGUAAAACCCUUGUUAACCGUACCCAAGGUUUAAAAAACUCUUCUGACUAUCUUAAGGGUAGUGUUGUUGAAGUUUCCUUAGCUGAUCUUAAUGAAAACCAAGAAGAUGCUUACCGUAAGAUUAAGCUUAGAGUUGAUGAAAUUCAAGGAAAGAACUGUCUCACCAACUACCACGGUUUAGGUAUUACUUCUGACAAGCUCAGAUCCCUUGUUAAGAAGUGGCAAUCUCUUGUUGAAGCCUACAUUGAUGUUAAGACCACUGACGGUUACCUUCUCCGUUGCUUCAUUGUUGGUUUCACCCAAAGAAGAAAGAACCAAAUCAGAAAGACUACUUACGCCCAAACUGCCCAAAUCAAGCAAAUCAGAAAGAAGAUUUUCGAAAUCGUCACUGCUGAAGCUACUACUUGUGAUAUGAAGGAAUUCGUUAACAAGUUCACUUUAGAAAUCAUCGGUAAGAGAAUCGAAAAGGCUACCCACAACAUCUACCCACUUAACAAUGUCUUACUCCGUAAGGUUAAGAUUCUUAAGCACCCAAAGUAUGAUGUUGGUAAGCUUAUGGAACUCCACGGUGGUAGUGAUGAUGUUGGUUCUAAGGUCGACCGUGCCUUCAAGGAACCAGAAAUCAAGACCGAUAUUUAA